GUUGCUAAGGAGACCACCUGCUGCCUAGAUACCGACACACGGACAGCGACUAUUACUGACUUCUCUCAAAAUACCGGACAUUUGUAACGUUAAUUUAUCUACAUUUGUAAGAAACUGGAACAGAUACUAGGACGCCAUGGCGAGCGACCACCGGACAAACGUCCUGGUGACUUCGUGUUUGAAAACGCCGGUAGACCCGCUCACCAGAGCUCCGGUAGCUUCCUACGAGAGAGAGAGAGUGCUGCCGUACCCGGCUACCGGUCACCCGGACAACCGGGACUACGAGAGGGAGAUGGAGUAUGAGGACUCAGGCUCUGAUUUCUGUGAUGAAGACUAUGUGGGUAAGGGUGGUGCUCUCAUGAUGACUGACCACAGAGCAGCAAGAGACCGCCUCGACCUGAGUGAAAUAUUCUUCUCCAAUGAGGAGUACUACAGCAAGCUGGAGGAGCUGAAAAAGGCCCACCUUCGCACCAUGGCCGAGCUGGAGGGCAUGUAUCGGCGGAAGCUGCAGCUCAAGGCCAUGGAGCCUCUGGACCGGUUGAUGCUGGAGACCGGCAGGCAUAGGCUGCCGUGGUCAAACAGCAGCCCAGCAGCUUCACGUCGUUUGAGGAAGUCGCACUCUGCUGUUGAACUCAGGAGAGGCUCCAGACAGUCAGACUCUUCAGAUGAAGAUGAAGCUGCCAGUUACAAUGUAGAGAAAGGCCUGCUUUUUUCUCCUAAAGAACACAUCAAGAACAUGUGGCAGGACUUUAAGCUGUCCCCUCACAAUCGCCACCUGUCGUCCUCCUCGAUGCCCAGCCUGCAGGCAGACCAGAAGAGGUCACGGAAGGGAAAAGGAAAGAAGAGGCAGGAGCAUAAAGACGAAGGGCAGGAGUACUGGAAACACAGAUUGACCAUCCCGAAACCUUUCCAGAUGAUGCUGCGUGAGGCUGAGAGGCAAAAGCGUGGCAUAAAGACGCGUUCAGAGAUCGAACAGGAGAACGCAGAGCUGCGACGACAGCUAGAAGAAUUGACAGAGUGCCAGAAGAAGUUCCGUGCCAGCCCCGUACCGGCUCAUGUUCACCUCCCUCUUUAUGGAGAGUUACAGGAGCGCAAAGACGAACGGCGGCGAAUGAGAGAGCGAGAAGAUCUUCGAUCCAUCCAGAAGCCCUUCAGCUUCCUGGAGAGGGAGCGACUAAAGAAGGAGCAGAAACAGCUGCAUCACCCACACCAAUCCGACCAGGAGAAAGUCAAACCCUUCAAGGCCAAGCCUGUGCCCAAGGCGGUAUACGUAGCAGCAUCAGGGGAGCACAUGAAGGAGGAGCAGCUGUAUCGGUCCAUCAAGAUACAGAUGAGAGCUCAGGAGAUGCUCCUCAGUUCUUCAAUGCCUCCCAGCAUGCUCGCACGACGACUCAGCGACCGCAAGAAGACCAAAGACGGCAGCGCUGCAACCGGCGGGGACGACAUCUUCUCCCACAGGCCCCAAAUUAACAAAGAGGUACCUGAUUUCGACGCCAGCUACCGACGCUUCCAGAAGCACCUGGAGAAACAAAAAGAGUUGAAACUUACGACUGCAUGCGAACCCUUUGAAUUGAGGACGUCACACAUCACUUCGCACCGUGAACGCAUCCUGGCCGACAUCGAGAAGGAGCAGAGCAGCCCUCGGAUGAAGCGCUGGCCGCACAUCAGCCCCGGGCAAUCUCAGACGCCAAACUCAAGUCUGUGUUCGUCCCCCUCUGGCAGCCUGGAGCUGCUGCCUACCAAAGUCACAGAUGCCAGCAAAAAGCGCCAAGAGGCCGUGAGAAAGGUGCUGGAGCAGAGGAAGAAGGCCGAGGAUGAGGAGGAGCAGUGGAAGGAAAGGCAGAAGCAGAGGGAGAAGAAGCUGCAGAGGGUGGUGUUGAAACGCGCCCAGGCCAACGACCCCCACCUGGCUCUCUCGCAGACGCACAAGACCAAACUCAAAGAAUUCAGGGAACAAGAGCUUGAGCGCAGGAAGGAGUACCAGCAGGAGAUUAAAGAGAUGCGUCAGAGAGUGAAGGGGAGGCCACUGCUGUUGGAGCAGGUUGCACAGAGGAAUGCCAAGCAGGCAGCGGAGAAGCGCUAUACAGACGCCCUGCAUGGAUGUGAGCUGACUGAAGACUUUAUCAGCAGUAAGGCGGCUAAAUCAGGAUCUGCACGCGAGGCCUCCCCAUCCAGUGACAGCAAACAGAGUGAUUAUGAGGAGCCAGAGAUGGGAUACAAACCUGUUCACUACAGAAAGGUCUUCCUGGAUGAUGAAGACGUGGAAGCGGAUCCAAACGAAAAGCACAGAGGAAGUGAUGAGGUUUCACUAACUCGCCGUGAUAAAGAGGACGCCAGCGGUCACCACUCGGAUCAAGAUUACCGUGGAGCUGAUGAUGACCACUCUUCAGAUGAAAGUGACCACUACUCAGACGACCAUGAGAAUUAUUCAGAUGACAGCGAGCACGAUGCUGACACCACACAGCAGGAAGCAGGGGAGUGAUGUCAUCAAACGUCAUGAUGCAGGUGGCAAUUGCUACGUUCAAAGACUCUGACAGAGGACACGGAGCACAUCAAGUGAGGAGGAACACUGGAGAGGAAGCUUCUUAUUCCUUAUAUGAUAAAAUGUUAUAUUUUAUUGUAAAUAUUGUGCUCACAACAAUGGAAAAUGUGAUAUCUUUAAUCUCAUUAGUUUACUCUAUAGUGAGCAGUUAAUUGAGAUUUUAAAUCAUCAUCAUUUUGCAUCAUUACUGACAGACGUAACAUCAGUUAAAUGUGAAGCAUUGUGUGAUUUCUAGCUAAAUACAGUACUUUUUUGCUCCAUUGUGUGCACAAUAAAUUGCACAUUUAAGGAAGUGAUUUUGGAUGCAGCUAUAGGCUUUUUUCACAGUACACACUUUGACUUGUCAUAUAAGGAAAAGCACAGGUUAAACUUUACAUUAAGGAUGGCUCUGUUCUAUUCAGGAGUCCCAGUA